AUGAACUUCCAAGCGAAAUAUACUGUGUUAAUGUUAAUAUGCGUCCUAGUUUCAUGGAACCUCGCCCAAGAAACUAACGUAGAGAGUGCUCCGUGUGAUAUUUCAAUACAAGAUGAUAACAGUGUUAUAUUGAACUGUUCACGGCGCAAUAUUAGUGAGAUUCCAGAUAAUUGGCCGGAGCGCAUAAACAGCUUAGACAAAGAUGGGCAUGUGUUAAUAAGGUUUUUCAACAAUUCGAUAACGAACCUGUCGCAAUUGCCUCCGGUGAUGGGGACGAGAGUAGCCCUCAUUUUUAAAUGUAAUGAGAUCGUGGACAUAGAGGAUGAUGCUUUUAGCAACAUCGAGGGACUGGUUUACUUGGACUUGAGCAAUAAUAACAUUACUGGUGAUGUGUUGAGGAGUGAGAUUUUCCGGGGUCGCUACAUCGAUGGGUUAUACGCCACUAUUGCAUUGGAAACACUUAUUCUUGCUCAUAACGACAUCCAUUCGCUGGAUCGAUACCUGUUCCAAUAUACGCCAAAUCUGAUAAGAUUAUAUUUGAACAACAACCCUAUCGAGAUCAUUGAUCAUGUCACAUCCUUGGCUUUGUCUAGUGCUACAAAUUUGGAGGUAUUGGACCUCAGUAAUACCGAUAUUGACCACAUCCCAUUGGAUACGUUCAGAGGCUUGACCAAAAUACAAAUGAUUGAUUUAUCGCACAACCGCUUUGUAACUGUGCCGGAGAGCUUGAGCCUGGUCGGUUCUACUCUACAGUACCUAACUUUUAACGAUAAUAACAUUGUCGAACUGAACGACGACAGUUUCAUAGGCUUAACGAACUUGAUCCAAUUGGAAGUCGGCGAGAACGACUAUUUGGAUGAAGUUAAAAGAAGCACGUUUUCUCCACUCAAGAACCUAAAAGUACUUCACCUUUGCCACAACCAAAACUUGAAGUACAUUAGCCAUAAUGCUUUCCGAGGACUGAAAGAGCAAUGGACUUUGAGGGAAGUAUACUUGGAUGACAACAAUUUAAGUGAACUAUCUACAGAUUUAAUGCCAUGGAACAAACUAGAAAUAUUAGGAAUGACAGGCAACAACUGGUUGUGCAACUGUGAUCUAGUUGAUAUUGUUUCUAAGAAGGGAGCCGGUCUAAAGUUUAAAACUAAUGAGAUACCUUUCUGUGCAGCCCCUAUGCGGUUUAGUGGUACAUAUGUAACAAAUGUCACUUUAACUUACUGCCCAACUUUUGAUUCCAAAAUAACUCCUAAACAGAAGUACAGUCUUUCAAACUUGAAACCAAAACAUGUACUGUGGAGCAUUCUAGGAGUAGCAGCAGUAGCUUGCUUUGGUAUGCUACUAGGACUGCUGAUCAAGUCAAUGAAAUCAGUUUACAAUAACAGUAAUGUAUUUGUGGAGAGCGAGGGGGCCAAGAAGCCGUGGACCGGCGCAGGAGGUGGGACGGUCGCCGCAGAGCGCGAGGUGAUCUCCGCGCUCCUUUGUUAUCAGCGACGCGGCCGCCGCUGA